AAAUGAGCUUGAAGAGCAAGAAACCACCGCCUGACCCGGUGGCUGUGCUAAGAGGCCAUCGCGCUUCCGUCUCGGAUGCUUGUUUCCAUCCGUCGAGACCCAUUUUAUUCACCGGCUCUUCAGAUGGUGAGUUGCGGAUUUGGGAUACGAUUCAGAAUCGCAUGGUAUCAUCUUCAUGGGCUCAUAGUGCUGCGCAUGGUAUUAUAGCUGUUGCUUGUAGUUCUUGGUUGGGGAACAACAAAAUUAUAAGUCAGGGAAGGGAUGGAACGGUCAAGUGUUGGGACAUAGAAGAGGGAGGUCUCUCCAGGGAACCUUCACUUACAAUCAGGACAAAUUCCUACCACUUUUGCAAGCUUUCUUUAGUGAAGAAACCUAUUUCUCAUACAAGUAAAGGGAAUGGUGAAACAGUUGAUAUAGAAUUUCCCAAUGAUAGCACAGGGAAGAUGGAAAAAGACAAAGAAGAGGGUUCCAACACCUUUGAAGAUCCAUUGCAAGUUGGAUUGACAGAAGAAACAGAAGAAACAUCUGUUGAAGGACUUAAGUUUGUGGCUAUUGCAGGAGAACAGUCUUCUGAGGUUGAGCUUUGGGAUCUCAAUACAGGUGAAAGGACCAUACGGCUACCUCAAGAUGAUUCUGCUGGUUCUUCCAGUUUUUCUAUUAAGCAGAGAGGAAUGUGCAUGGCAGUUCAAUCAUUUUUGCCACCCAGAUCAGAAGGCUUUCUUAAUGUCUUGGCAGGUUACGAGGAUGGUUCCAUUCUGUGGUGGGAUAUACGUAAGCCUGUGAUUCCUGUAACUUCUGUGAAGUUCCACUCAGAGCCAGUUCUAAGUUUAUCCGUUGAUGGAUCAUGCAAUGGAGGUAUCUCAGGGGCAGCAGAUGACAAGAUCUUAUUCUACAAUUUAGAUUAUCCCACGGGUUCAUGUGUUGUUAAGAAAGAAAUUAGUUUAGAACGUCCGGGCAUAUCCAGCACCUCAAUCCGGCCUGAUUGUAAAAUUGCUGCUACUGCUGGCUGGGACCAUAGAGUUAGAAUAUACAAUUAUCGCAAAGGAAAUCCUCUGGCAAUCCUGAAAUAUCACCAUGCUACGUGUAACUCUGUGUCGUUUCAACACUGCAAGCUGAUGGCCUCUGCAUCAGAAGACACGACAGUUGCGCUAUGGGAAUUGUACCCUCCUCAGAAUUGAAUAAUAAAGCUCAUAUUUGUGUAGGGUCGAAACAUACUUUUUAAGUCGCAAAUGGUUUGUCUGUGUUGCACAAGAAGAAAUUAUUCUCUUCACCUCUCUGCUGCUGAUUAUAUACUUGCAUUCAUAGCUCUAACAAAUACCAAGAUUGUGAAAAGAUCGCCAUACUUGAUUUUA